AGUAAUGCGCUUGAAUGAUUUAUUAAACAUUGUCUAGGGUUCUGAAAAGAUUAAGACUCGGUGAGACCGGACUCUCUUUCUUUUGUCGGUUAACAGUCAGAAGCGAUGAAACCAAUGAGGAAAUCAACAUAAACUUAAGGUCUUAAAUGCUCGGAAAAUAUCUUUAUCCUUCAGUUGCUCAAAUGAAAGCGUAAAGAGCAAUAUAAUCCUUAUAAAUUUGAACCGCAACGCAGAUAAGCAUCAGUGAACUGAGAAGAAGAACUGCUAACGACAGGGUUAGGUUUUUUCUGUUGGAGCGUACUCAUUUACGAGCUCAAAGGAGGCUUAUCCUGUUGAAAAGACAUGACUGGCACUCCUUACAGACAAGAAAGAAAGCAAAACGCUGCAAAAGAAAAUUCACAAGAGACUAGGAAUGGUGUUGCAGAGGAAGAAAUCAUUUCGCCAGGAAUCAGAGUUGGUAUAUCAUAAUGAAAAACACCUUCUGUCCCAUUCUGAACUACCAGACUGGCUUCGCGGAAAUGAAUUUUUAUCCAGUUUCCACAGACCACCUAUGCCAUGUUUUAGAUAUUGCUUUAAGAGUAUCUUUAAACUUCACAGUGAAACGGGUAACAUUUGGAGUCAUUUGAUUGGUUUUAUUGUGUUUGUGUGUAUUACAUCGUACAUGCUUGUGCGACCCGUCACUGUUGCUAAUCCAUUCCCUGGAGACUGGCGAGAGAAACUUGUCUUUAGCUGCUUCUUUGUCGGCGCAAUCUUGUGUUUGGGAGUUUCGUGGAUUUUUCACACUGUUUACUGCCAUUCAAAGACGGUCUCCAAGAUAUUUCGAAGGCUCGAUUACGCAGGGAUAGCAAUAUUCAUCAUGGGAUCAUUUAUACCUCCGUUAUAUUAUGGAUUCUACUGUUCAAGAGUUUUGAAGAUUGUAUACAUGUCAAUGAACUGUUCUCUUGGUGUCAUCUGCAUCAUUGUUUCCUUGUGGGAAAAAUUCAGCGCGCCCCAUUACCGACUAUUGAGGGCAGGUAUUAUGCUUUCAUUUGGCUACUGUGGAUUUAUUCCUGUAAUACAUCUCAUAUGUUUGUAUGGAAUAACUUUGGCGUACCGGCAAGCUGCGGGCGGCUGGGUCGCUCUGAUGUGUCUACUUUACACUGCAAGUGCCGUUACCUAUGCAGCUCGAAUUCCUGAGAGAUUUUUUCCCGGCAAGUGUGACAUCUGGUUUCAGAGCCACCAGAUCUUCCAUUUGCUUGUCCUGGCCGCAGCGUUUGUUCAUUUGUACGGAAUUUGUCAGAUGGCACAGUACAGAUUUGAAAAGGGACCUUCGUGCGAAAGUUGAACUUUGUCAGAAUCAUUCUUUCAAUUCAGAAACGCAUAUAUCUUGUAAUGUGAGGAAGAAGAAAUGUCGAGAACACGUACAAGUGGUAGGGUGCCUUGUUGUUCAGAAGAGGAGGUCUGGGUCAUUGUCGUAGAACGUCGCUUACAGGUCUCUCCAAAUUAAACCGUCUUCACGCAUAGUGAGUCCAAAUACAUUUUUGCUCAUUUAAGAGCAAAUCAAUGGAAGAGCGUUUGAGUAAAAAGUUCCAGUAACUAUUGACAUCAGGGAAGAAACUGCAGUUUGAAGUGAUACGUGCGAAGGAACAGCUUGAAUAGAGAGUCGAGUUAAAUUUUUGCGUCACAGUACUACUAGAAUUACGACUAGAUGUUAAUAUAGUGUGAAGAGGAUACAAAGGCGAUUUUGGAUAACGCCACUACGGAGGCGUUAGCCUUGCGCAUUCUCAUGCGCAGGAUGCUGAAGACUUUCGCCCUUGUAUAUAUCUUCUUUCCCAAUUGCUGGAUUUGUCUGCUAAAUGAUUUUACAAAUCGCCUAUGUUACGUGGGGUAACAUGUCGAAGUUGCUCUGGCUAUUUAUAGAGUAUUAUUCAUUCCCUUUUUUGACGAUUUCGGACAAUUUCUCGUUGAAUUCUUAUGAUAUAAUAAUCAAGAGAAGCUUUAUUUGAGCGAGUCUGUAGAUCCAUAGUAACGUUUUUAGAUUUCAACUGGUCACUGUGGAAGUGGAACACAUAUGAAGUAUGUUUAUUUGAUAUUAAUUUUAUUGAAUCUGUUUAAAUUGUUAUUUAGAAGAUCGAGAAGAAUGUCUUUCUUCACAUUUAGUUUACUUUUUAUCCACCUUUACGCAGAAACCGGAACAAGAGAAUGACAAGUUAAGUGUAUAACUCACGGUAAAUAAAGGACAGCGGAGCCGAAGCGAUGGGGCUCCGACUUUAAUCUCCCCUCGUAUAACAUGCAAAAAUGUGGUAAAUUUUCGGAGAAAACUACCCCCAUACCUCUAGGCUACGUCCACCUCUACCAGUUCUAGACUUUCUGCAGAUUAGAAAUCAAAAUUUUUUGUUUUGUUGUCCGUGUAUGUACAACGUUGUGGUAGAAAUGCAAUGUUUUAGCUGCAGUGCAUUGGUUUCUUGCCCAUGGGCGCAAAAUCUAUCCGUUUUGAUACAUUUCAUUCUGGACAGAUGUUAGGUGUGCGUAGUUUGGCCCUCUAAGAACUACUUAUUAAUUGCUUGAUUUCUUUUGAUAACU